UCCCCGCGUGUCCGCUCGUGUCCCGCAGCCUGCAGGCGCUCCGCCCAGACACCAGGGGGCGCCAGAGGCCGCUCGUGCCGCACGGGGAGCGCUCGUGCCCCUCCAUAGCAACGGCACGGACGCCAUGGCCGCCGCGGAGCCGUUGUCUCCCGCCGAGGCCGAGGCGCUGGUUCGGGCCUUGCGGGGCACCGAGCUGCGGGACGCCGGCGGGACGGGGUGGCUUCGGCAGCACGAGUGCGUGGACAAGCUGAACAUGCACGCCAUCCUGAGCGCCUCUGCCGGCCGGGAGCAGCUCCUCAUCGAGCUGCUGGUCAGCCACUGCAAGAUUCCUGUUCUCAUCGGAGAGCUGAUCACAGUGGAGGUCUGGAAGCACAAGGUCUUUCCCGUGCUGUGCCGGCUGGAGGAUUUCCACCCAAGCAGCACUUUCCCCAUCUACGUGGUGCUGUAUCACGAAGCCUCCAUCAUCAACCUCCUGGAGACGGUGUUUUUUCACAAGGAGAUCUGUGAGUCGGCAGAGGACAGCAUUCUGGAUUUAAUUGAUUACUGUCACCGAAAACUGACCCUGCUCGUGGCUCGAAGUGCCAGCAGACAGCCAGGGACCCAGCAGGAGCUUCAUCCGGAGGAGCUGGCCAGCCCUCCGUCCAUGCAGGAGCUACAGAAGCAGGCGGAGAUGAUGGAGUUUGAGAUUUCCCUAAAAGCACUGUCUGUGCUGCGGUUCAUCACUGACCAGGUGGGCAGUUUGCCGCUGAGUGCGCUGACACGGAUGCUGAACACUCACAACCUGCCCUGCCUCCUCAUCGAGCUGGUGGAGCACUGCCCAUGGAGCUGCCGUGAAGCAGGCAAGUUGAAGAAGUUUGACAAUGGUGCCUGGCACGUGGUGCCCCCAGAAGACCAGAUGAAGAUGACUAAACUCGAUGGGCAGGUGUGGCUUGCCCUCCUCAACCUCCUGCUCAGCCCCGAAUGCCAGCAGAAGUACCACUUUGAUGGCUUCAACAAGAGCCAGCUCCUGAAGCUCCGUGCGUUCCUGACCGACGUGCUCCUGGACCAGCUGCCCAACCUGGUGGAGAUGCAGAGAUUUCUGAGCCACCUGGCAGUGACAGACCCAGCUCCCCCAAAGAAGGAUCUUGUUCUGGAGCAGGUGCCUGUCAUCUGGGACCACAUCCUCAAGAAGAACAAGGGCAAGUGGGAGGCCAUCGCCAAGCACCAGGUGAAACACGCCUUCAGCCCCACUGAGGAAGAGCUGAAGUUCCAGGCACGCAGGUGGGCUCAGACCUACAGCCUGGACAUGCUGGAGGCUCUCGCCCCCGACAAACCCCGCUGCCGGGUGUGCGGGGUGGAGGCGGCCAAGCGCUGCUCCCGCUGCAGGAACGAGUGGUACUGCACACGGGCGUGCCAGGUCCAGCACUGGCAGAAGCAUCGCACUGCCUGCGACCUGCUGGCACAGGCACCGGGCACUGCGGGCACACAGUGAGCAGGGCAGGGGCUGAUUGUCCUUGGAGAGAUGCCCGCAGGUUCGCAGCCUCGUGGGGCUCAGCCUCCCCGUCCCCCCCACACAACACCCCCACACAACACCCCCGCUCCUGCUGCACCCCGCGGGGGCUCAGCUCCCCCUCCUGUCUCCUCUUUGAAGAAAUAAACCACUUCCUCCCCUCCCUCGCACCCAGCGA